AUGCUCUGUCUCUUUGUCUCUACUUACAUCAUGACAGGAUACAGGGAUGAUAUUAAACACCUCUUCCCUCUUCUAUGCUCUGUCUUUUUCUCUGCUUACAUUAUGACAGGGAUACAGGGGAUGAUAUUAAGCACCUCUUCCCUCUUCUAUGCUAUGUCUUUUUUUCUCUGCUUACAUUAUGACAGGAUACAGCUCUGUCACUUUUUCUCUGCUUACAUUAUGACAGGAUACAGGGAUGAUAUUAAGCACACUCUUCCCUCUUCUAUGCUAUGUCUCUUUUUUUCUGAUAACAUUAUGACAGGAUACAGGGAUGAUAUUAAUGACAUUCUUCCCUCUUCUAUGCUAUGCAAGGAUGAUAUGUCUCUUUUUUCUGCUUGCAUUAUGACAGGAUACAAGGAUGAUAUUAAGCACACUCUUCCCUCUUCUAUGCUAUGUCUCUUUUUCUCUGCUUACAUUAUGACAGGAUACAGGGAUGAUAUUAAACACACUCUUCCCUCUUCUAUGUUAUGUCUCUUUUCCUCUGCUUACAUUAUGACAGGAUACAGGGAUGAUAUUAAUCCCACACUUCCCUCUUCUAUGCUAUGUCUCUUUUUCUCUGCUUUCAUUAUGACCGGAUACAGGGAUGAUAUUAAUCCCACACUUCCCUCUUCUAUGCUCAUGUCUCUUUUUCUCUGCUUACAUUAUGACAGGAUACAGGGAUGA